UGAUACAAAGUUCCACAUUUGAUUUAUUUAACAUAAGUUUUUCAUUCAAUACUUUGAGGUUAUGAAGCUCUUGUUUACAUUUGCUUUAAACAAUUUAAAAUAUAAUAUGACUUAAUGAAGGAUAAAUCAUAAAAUUAAAACCAUAUAUUACAUUGGUGCAUUAGCACAACUUGUACAAGUACUUUUCACUGGAUUUACAAAUAUGUCUGAUAAAACUUUCAAAGUGUUGAUCUGCGGAGAUGUAGAGGGUCGAUUCAACGGUUUCUUUUCCAAAAUAGAACAAACUCAUAAAAAGUGUGGCCCCUUCGAUAUCCUGCUGUGCGUAGGAAAUUUUUUUGGAGUCAAUAACAUUGAAUGGAAGGGAUUUCAAUCGGGUAUUAGGAGAGUUGCUGUUCCUACUUAUGUUCUCGGUCCAAACAAUCAAGAUGCUGUUAAUGAAUAUUCAAAUGAUGAUAAUGGGGAGCUGUGUGAAAAUGUUACUUAUUUAGGUAAGCGUGGAGUGUAUACAAUUAUGGGAGGCUUGAAAGUUGCUUAUUUAAGCGGCGUUGAACAAAACGAUAAAGAAGAACAAUCACCUACUUAUAAAUUUUGUAAACAAGAUGCUCUCGAUGUACGAGAUGCUUGUCUUCAAGGUCAAAGCGGUGAUUACAGAGGAAUUGAUAUUUUGUUAACGUCUCAAUGGCCUAAAGGAAUCAGCAAUUUUGAUACCAAACAAAAUAUAUUAGAAGAGAACACAUCUCCAUUAAUAUCAUGGCUUUCUUCUCAAAUUAAACCAAGAUAUCAUCUAGUAGGACUUAAUGGAAAAUUUUAUGAACGGGCUCCAUAUAGGAAUUCCAGUUCAGAUGGAACAAUAUCAAUAGCGACAAGAUUUUUAGCUUUGGCACGUUUUGGAAACUCAGAAAAACAGAAAUGGUUGUACGCUGUAAAUUUAAAACCAAUUUCGUCAAUGAGAAUGAUGGAUUUGUGUCAAAAGACUACGGAUGAAACUGAAUGUCCUUACGGACCUGAGAUUUUGAACUUAUUCAAUGAAAAAAAGGAACAAAAUCCUCAGUUCUUCUACGACAUGAAUGCUAAAUAUGAUGAUAAUCGAAGAAAACGUAAACAACACAGCAAUGGUGGCUCUGAACGGAAACAGAGACCAGUGUUUGACCAAGAAAAAUGUUGGUUCUGCUUGGCUUCCCCGCAGGCAGAGAAGCACUUAGUGAUAAGUAUUGGGGAGCAUGUGUACCUGGCUUUAGCUAAAGGUGGUUUAGUGCCUGAUCACUUACUAAUUACUACGAUAACACAUUUUCAAAGUACUUCUGAAUUAUCUAAAGAAGUCAUUGAUGAAAUUGAAAAGUUCAAGGAUUCAUUAAGAAAAUAUUUUGCAGAAGACAAUCGAGCAGUAGUUUUUUAUGAAAGAAAUUACAAAACAUCACACAUGCAAAUACAAGUCGUUGGUAUACCAGAAAAGGCACAAGUCGAAUUGAAGGAAAUGUUUGAGGAUGAAGCACAAGGCCAUGACAUACAACUAGAAGUUUUACCCAAAUUCAGUGAAUUAUCACAAUUGGCACCGAGUGGGGUUCCAUAUUUUUGUGCAGAACUACCAAAUGGAGUCCAGCUUUUUACCAGAGCGAAAAAAAAUUUUCCUUUGCACUUUGGAAGGGAUGUAUUAGCAAGUGGCCCCGUUUUAAACAUGGAAGAAAGAAUAGACUGGCGAGAAUGCAUUCUACCAAAAGAUGAAGAAAUAGCACAUGCCCUUGCCUUUAGAGACAAGUACAAACCUUUUGAUUUUACAUUAUAAAUAGUAGUUGUUUUAAUUAAAUUUUACGA